AUGGACAACACCGCAUUCAAAAAUCCAAACUUUGGUGACGAAGAAGAUGAAGAAGUGCCUGAUUCCUUUUCUUGUUGCGUUUGUCUGGAUCUAUUAUACAAGCCCAUUGUACUAUCUUGUGGUCACAUAUGUUGUUUCUGGUGUGUCUAUAAAUCAAUGAAUUGUCUGCGGGAGUCUCAGUGUCCAACAUGUAGGCAUCAAUACUAUCACUUCCCAACAGUCUGUCAAGCGCUUCAUUUUUUGCUUCUUAAGAUCUAUCCUGUUGCUUACAAUAGAAGGAUCAAUCAAACUCUUGAGGAAGAGAAGAAAUCAGGCUUCUAUUCCCCUCAAUUUGAUCCCGACACAUGUGAAUCACAAGCUAAAUUCGGUCAUUCAUGUAGCCCUUCUUCCUCCUCUAUGAUAUAUCCGGUGCCCAACUCAUGCAAUGUGGAAACUUUUGAAUGUACAAAGCAACCAGAGUUCACUGCCCAUGAAGCAGAGCCUGAAACUACUGGGACUCUGGCUGAAGAAAAAACAUUGCCUCAUGAUAAGCUUGACAUAAAACAAAAAAUAUCAGUUGCUGAUGUGAUGUGUACAAUGUGCAAGCAGCUUCUUUUUCGUCCCGUAGUUCUUAAUUGUGGUCAUGUAUAUUGUGAAACUUGUGUCUACAAGUUAGCUGAUGAGAUGCUUAGAUGCCAAGUUUGUCAAAGUCCACAUCCAAGAGGUUUUCCAAAAGUGUGUUUGGAGUUUAAUCACUUUUUGGAGGAACAAUUUCCUGAAGAAUAUGCACGGCGAAGUGAUGCUAUUGAACUAAAGGAAAUCAAAGUCAAACCCGAGACCCCUUCUUGUUCAUUGGAUAAGGGUAACAAAGGAGAAAAUACAGAAUGGUGGUCUGAUCCUGACUUAAAAGUUCACAUUGGAGUUGGUUGUGACUUUUGUGGGAUGUUUCCUAUCAUUGGAGAUAGAUAUAGGUGCACCGAUUGCAAGGAGAAAAUGGGUUUUGAUCUUUGUAAAGAUUGCUAUGACACCCGCUCUAAACUUCCAGGCCGAUUUAAUCAACAACACACCUCAGAUCAUAGUUUCAAGCUUGUACAACCCAACUAUAUUCGUAACAUAAUGUUGAGGCUGGUCACCGGACAGUUAGGCGACAGGUCCAUCGACACCGAGUCUUUAAGUAACAUAGAUUUUACAGCCGAAGCCUCUGGGUUGUUUGAUGAUGGUGAAGAUAACCAGAAUGACCCCGAAGCUACCGGUUGA